AUGCUUCGACGUCCCGCAGGGAAUAAACUGGGGCUUCUGAGCUUCCAAUCACUCCCAUGCCGGAGACCAUUUUUGCCAUACCCCUGCGCCGUCCUUACUCGAUACCAGAGUAAUUGGAGUCGCGAUUACCCGCGCGAACCGAGCAAACCCAACUCCGAACGAAUCCGCGACUCGAAACGUGAUGAGAAGUAUCGAGGAGAUACUCACACACUAGAUGUGGACUCGCUUGGGAAACCAGGACAGAUUGUUGUUGUUCCUCCACGUCGCCGCCGGAUAGACCGCAAUCGCAAGCAAGAUCUCCAGAAUGAACCUCACAGCACGAUCAGCUCCAUUUUGGAUGAUCUUGAUGAUGAGAACUCAUCUCUCAGUGAUUCCUCGGUCCAGGAGAGAAUUGAUGAGAUUCGUGAAUCAUAUCACCUCGGAGAAACACUGCCUGCUAGGGUUUUCAAGGCAUUGUGGUCACAAUUGGCAUCCUCUUUCACAAACAAGCAAUUAUCGGAUUAUAUUUCGGAAUACAGACGUAAUGUUGUAUUAGAAGACAAAGGGUGGACUUGGAGUCAAGGCAAAGGAUCAGCCUCGUCCAAGGGGCUCAAGGGAAAGGCCAUGCUUGCAGAUACGAUUGUCAGGGACUGUUGGCAGUUGGUGGUUGAUGGAGAGCUCGGCCAGCUGGAAUUCAGCAUACCAAUUCGAUCUAUAUCCUUGCUCCUACAUGCUGAGCACUUUUCCUUCCAUGAGCUGGCCAGUCUCCAUGGCUGUGGGAUUGAAGUCAUCCAAUCUGAGGGCGUGGUCUUACUUACCGGAAAGCGAAACGAGUGCGAGUCUGUUCGUGAGGUUAUCAUCGAUUCCACCGUCAGAAUCCGCGAGGAUGAUCUUGGAUUUAGCGCAUCUACUCACGGAGAGAGUAUCAGCCAGACCUUCAACUCGGAAUUUUUGGAAUGGGUUAACAACACAUACGGAGUGUUCGUGGAACAUAAAGGCUCCAAAUUCCCUGAAAAAAUCCUUUAUCUUGCAGAGAAUAAGUUAGGAGCAGAGAAUGCUCGGAGAACCUUGAAUUUGGCCUUGUGCAACAACAUCACAUCUCCAUCCACACCCUUCUCUACUUAUUUACCUGCAUCGGAGUUUGCCAGUGCUUAUAGCUACAAACCGGACAUUCAUGCUUCGUGGUUUGAGCGGCAAAAGUCGUGGUUCCGCUGGGCCAUGUCUUCAAGUCAAAAUGCAGAGGCAGAAAGUCUCGAAACGCCCUUCUUCGAUAAACACCAAACACGACUCUCUGAUGAGCUUUUGAAACUGCUCCGAGUGGAUGUCCCCAACACCGAUCUCCUCACUGGCUUACAUGAAUCUGUGGCAGCCGUGGUUGGCAAAUGCUUGUUCAUGCAAAAGCAGUCUUUUGAUGAUCCGGCCAUCAGCCCAGCACAGUUAGGGAAACUAUCUCUUCCACGGACUUUCACAAAUGGUGCCCCUCUUGUGUCUAGUUUCAUCAACUCACUUUCGCCUAUCCCCCCAAAGAACGAAGCACAACUAUAUCGAUUCCGGUUGUCCCCCACUUCCAACACAGGAUCCCUCCCUGAACUCGAAAUUGCAGUGGCCAUGAACUCAAACUCUGAUGGCAUCGACAUCCACAGCGUAAAGGCUAUCCUUGCCACCAACAGUGUCGACUAUCUGCUUCCAGAAAACGGGUUGGAUCUCCGUUUCACACGAACUGUUUCCCAAGAUCUCUUCCCCGAGCCAUCUCAUUCAGAUUCAACACAAGGCCUCUUUGAACAUACGCCACAUGAAGCUUUGCCCUCGCCAGAGACACAGGCAUUGCUACAAAGCCUCAAAAGCUCGCUUCAGAGCUCGUUCUCCAGCAGUGAGGCUUCAGGUAGCCCUGUUCCACCUCCUACAUUUUGCAACAUCUCUCUUCCACGGGAUCUUGCCCAACAACAUGCCUUCCAGAAGACCCAGACCAAUGAAUCAGGCGAACCAAUCUCAGAGGACAGUGUCACUGUUGAAUAUAUGUUCCCUCCACUCAAUGACAUUCGGGGUGCUAUUGUCCAAAAGUAUGACUUUGAUGGGCGACCACUUGACUACCAGUAUUACGAGAGCGGUCCCUUCCUCUCCGCUCGGACACAUGAAGUUACUCUCGGCAUGGAGACUGAUCAAUCUGAGCUGCUGGAUAAUGAGUUCCAUUCGUUCUACAAUGCGGCAUGUGACAUGGCAUUCAAAAUCCACAACAGUGGGCAUACGAAUGAACGGCACGAGUCGCUUUUUGAUUGA